CGCAGAUAUUUAUAUUUAUACAGCCGCACUGCUGGCGAAUAUGGAGAAAACCGACGACUUUUACAUCUACUACUACUCUGGGCACCAGGUCGAUUUGGAAACGAGUUCUUUCGCUUUGAAAUUACCAGCAACGGGCACCUGCAGUAUGCCAACAACUCCAACUACCGCCGCGAUAGCAUUAUCCGCAAGCAGCUGACACUGAGCCCGGCCCUUUUGAACGAAAUAAAGCGGAUAAUAGCUGACAGCGAGAUCAUGUAUGAAAGCGACAGAAAGUGGCCCAAGAGAGACAACAACGGCAGACAACAGUUGGAAAUUACAAUGGACGGCAAGAGCAUUAAUUUUGAAGCGGCUAGAAUUGGCUCGCUUGUUGAUAUUCAGGGCACUGAUGAUCCUGAGGGUCUUCGCGUGCUGUACUAUUUGGUCCAGGACUUCAAGUGCCUGAUCUUAUCACUCAUUUCUCUCCACUUUAAGAUCAAGCCGAUUGCCUAA